AGACAGCAUCCGAAGAAGAAGCCUGCUGCCCGGCUCUACUUUGCACCGGCAUCAUUUGGGGAGACGGUUGGUGAGGUAUCACCAACGGCUGCCAAUAAUUUUUACACUUACAGCCUGAAAUUGAAACCCUGUUUGUUUUUCACUCGAACAGGAAGCAGUUUUCCCUCAGCGUUUCAUUUUAAUUCUGCCUUGUAAAGCUAAAUUGAGACUGUUACCGUCAGACAAUACGACAUUUAAAGGCUACAAUCUGAGCUAGUUGAUUUUUCUCGUCAAAGCAAUAUCCAUCAACUGAAGGGAGACAUUUUUUUCCUCUAAUUAUCAACAGUUUUUCACCUGUCUCCCUGCCUUAACGCCAGCUGUUCUGGUUGAAUCCAGCGUACAACUGAUUCAUCUUUAGAGGAAAGCCGUCUGACAGCGCCAAAAUGGGGGUAAGAGCUACACUUACUGUGAUUUAUGGAGUUUAUUGGUGUUAAACUGACAGUUUGGUCGCAGUUAGCCUUAAAGGAGUGGGUAUGGUAACGGUUGUUUAACGGUUCGUGUCCGUUUAGGAAAGGGUUAACUUGUUAAGAGAUGUUAAAUGAUGUUGAAUUACAUUAAACAUGCUGUUACUUUUAUUGGUUUUGACUAGGUGACAUUUUGUGGCAUGAAAAAUCAUUGUAAAGCGGGUCUACUUUUUCAUGGAAGCACACUGCAGUAUGAAUGAAUAUCAUUCACCAUGCUAAAUCAAUGCGCCGCAGGGCAUCAUAAUUAUAAUUUAGAUUAAGGGGUAAGAGAGGAGGGAAGGCUGUGUGACAUUUUUGGGAGAAUAGACGCCAGAUCUGUCCGGAUUAGACUCAACCAAAACCGGUGUAGGGUGGUUACCUGUUACAGUAACGGUGUAAGGUGUUCAGGCGUUACAGUAAGGCUCCUCACGUAGUAAUUCAGUCUCAACAGCUGUAACACACACAAAAUUCUGUCAUCAGUGUUGCCCAAGAAGCGUGAAAUAACCCGUUUCCAAGUUAAAACCUCCAUUUUGAGAAGCAGUGUAGUUCACAUUCACUGUAACAGCCGAUAAUUCAUACCGAUAAAAUGGAGAUAAAGGAAUGUUAAUGUUCUGAACUCGGAGUCCUGAUCGUUAUACCAAAUACGAAUCGAUUAUCUUCGUUAAAAGCCGUUAGUGAUGCGUUCUAGCGCUGCAGUCCUAAAUAUCACAUUUAACAACAUCUGAGAUCGGGCCCAUCCUAUCCGAUCAAUCCGUUAUUUUUAAUGAUAGGUAACCGAUCGAUACAUUUUGUAAUCACGUGUCAGUCAGAGGGUUGCAGGGAGACGUGCUGCUUCCUCCAUCGGUUCCAAAAAUGCGAGAUUACACUGACUGAACAUCUGGCAGCGAGCUCUGGACCUGCUGCAGGCGGUUGAGGAAAUCCACAGCUCUUAAGCACACGAUUAGUCAGACUGCGUAAUGACACGGUCGAUUCCUACCAGAAAUGAAACCCAUUGUUUAGAAUAUGCAGAUGGAAUGCGCAAUUACGCACGGGGAUAACCAACCUGUUUGUGUGCACAGAAAUGCAGCCUGGACUGCGGAAUAUAAUGUUAAUCCUCAAAAGCAAUGCUGCAAAUGUGUGCCUGUGUGUGCUUUAGUUGUGGAAAAAGAGCUCUCACAAAGUCAUGAAAAUGAAAUUUAGAAUAUGAGGAUGCAAAGUGUAAAAUGAAGAUCAGCAGUGGGCGUGGGCUGAGAAUGAAAUCUGUGCUACUCCUGAUCCUCUCUCAUUUUCUUCUGCAGCCCUUUAAUACAUUUUUGCCUAAUUCAGAAAUGACGUAAUGCCCCGGUGUGUCCUCUCGCCACUGGCACUGCUGGGCUUGGUGAGGAUGCAGGAACAGCUGUAGGUCUGGGUACCAAAUGGGCACACACAAGUGCGUCAAAAUGGUUCCACAGUGUUGGUUCUCCCUCUCCACCCUUCCAGAUCUAUAAAUGUCUACUGAAGGGGUCCCAAAGGAAGGUGCUCUCCACAAAUGUGGACUCAGCCAACACCUUCAGCAGCUCAUUUUUCAGCAGCAGCCUCUGAAAAGCUCCCUGAUGUGCCAGGUCAUGAAGGACAUCCUGUUCCAGCGACUAAAUUUAGACUCAAUGAUGUCAUUCCUGCCGAAAAAUCGCUGAUACCCACCUGUUGGCCGUUUUACCUUGGUGAGGUAUCAGGAUUAUGUGUUGCUUUAUAGAAUCAAAGUGACUUUUUCCCUUUAAAAGUCAGUGAGUUAGAGUUUCAGGCUUUGCUGCGGUAUGUUACGCUCUCGGAUCAUGCAACAUAGCUGUAGCUCCACAUCUCCAUCGCACACAGUGUCAUGAUGCAUCACUGCUAAUGGAGUAUGAUGGGCAGGGGUUUCUUCCUCUGCUCCACAUCCGGGGUUGGGUGGGGGGAGCACUAAAAAUGGUGCCGCUCUGUCACAGUUUGUGAUGCUGUCCACUCUACUGCCUGAGGGGGAAACCGCUCUGAACUAUCGCAUCAAAGAGUGGAGGAGGAGAGAGAGUGUGUGUGAGUGGAAACUCCCACAUUAAGGCUAGGAUUUGCCAACGGGAGGGGUGGAAUGAGAGAGGAUGUUUGGGUGAAAUGGGGAAGGGGGAGGAAGACAACAUGAGAUCAGUUGACAACACCGAUCGAUUGAUAGGGGCAGUUGCUUCGGAGGCAACGAUCAGGAUGGUGGGUGAAAGUAGAAGGAUGAGAUGACAACAAGGUCAGAGACUGUUGGCAUCACAGAGAGGUCCUGUUUAGAGUGACCAAGAUCAAGUGAGUGAGAAAGAGAGAGAGAUAAUGAUGAUGAGUCAUUUGGGAAGGAUGGAUAAAUGAAGGAAUGUAGGGAGAGAUUCUGGGAUGCUGCUGAUAUUGAGAGAUAUCUGAGCAACAUGUGAUGUGAGUGUGAGGCAGGUGUUUCUCUAGGGACUGUACCCUCUUUUAUUCAUGAUAAAACUGAUGUUUCAUUCAGGAGUUCUCUACAAUUUUCUGUCCUUUCAGUUUAAUUUCUACACCUGUAUUAAAACUCACCCAAAUCCCUGCACAGAAGCAUUCAGGAGCAUGUGCAACUGUGUGCCCAAGCAUCAGUGUGAUGUAGUAUCACUGUGAUGAAUGAACCGCCUGCUUUGUCCAACUGAUCAUAGAUAAAUUUAUGAAGUAAAAAGUAAAAGUGUGAUACUUUGACUCCACUGCAGGUGCAUCUUUUCCUCAGGGAUUGUUUUUACUCACCAGUCCCCCUCCCACAGUACUAUCUGGUUGGCUAGGCAUCACACAAGAUUAUUUUUCCAGGCUGCAAUCAACGCUAUCAAUUUAAAACAACAUCUAAAUUAAACUUGCGACUGGAUACUUCCAGUUUCAGCAGCAGCAAACCAGUAGACACUGACAGAGAAAGCAGUCCUGGUUUUAUUUCCCUUGAGGACUUGACACAGUCUGUGGGUGCUGAUGUGAUCUGAGCCCGAAUUGACCAGUAACCCAGUACUCUUCCAAGAGCAGACCACUGACCAGGGAAUAAAGACCAUGAAUAGCACCCUGCUAGUAAAUAUCGUACCUUUUAAAUGCCAUGAUAGUCUGUUUUGCGCCAUUAUCAAUCAGCUGUUGUAGUUUGUCCUGUAAAACAGCAAAUAUUCAAUAUUACAAACUAGUUUCAUUCAGAUUAGUGGCCAAAAAAAGAUAACUGGAGCAUCUACUGGAUAAAAAUGAUAGCCUGUGCUUUUUCAAUGACAAAUUAGAUUUUAAUUAAUUGUGCAGCCUCAGUGACAGUAACAAAAUAAACCCUCUUUUGGGUGGAUUUUCACUGAUCAUCUCUAAUGGCUGUGUAAAUUAAUUUCCUGCGGUAAAUUAAUGAGCACUAAGAAUGGAUGAAUCCUUUUUAUUUUCAGUGCAAAAGGCAAAAAAUCAGUGUGGAGCUCAUGUAACUGUGAGAAUCUUUCUGCUUAGCUGUUUUACGAUUUGUAAGUUGUAAAUCUCUUUUGACAGAAAUAUACAGAUGUCAAGUUAUCAUUAAAAUGUCUCCUAGCGCUAAUUAAACCAGUCGAAUUCACUGUUUUGUCCAGAGUACAGAGUUUCACCACAGGCAAGACCUUCUGCCCGCUGAAUUUACACAUCAGUGCGAGAGCGAAAACAGCCCGUGGCUCAAGUCUAUGAACAACAAUUUUAGCCAAAUAAUAUAAAACUGGAUUAAAACUGGGCAUAGAUAAAUAAAUAAACAUGCCCUCAGUGCUCCAGUGUUAAUGAGUAUGCAGCUUUGGGGAAUUAAAAGGCAGAGAACAAAAUGAUGUAAAAUCACCACAUAAGAAAACAUUAAGGUCAAAUUUAAACUCAUGCAUUUAGAGACAGGGCAGUGCGCUUAAGAAUCGUUUUCAUCUGUCAUCCUGGUGAGACCAUGGAUUUUCUACUCAAUUUAAAACAGUGGGCAGUUUUGGCUGAAGUGAUGUUUUUCAGGUCAUGUGGUUGACGCUCCACAUCCUGCAACGAGACCAGCACACAUUGGGAUUUAAGUAUUCAAACAAAUGCUGUUUAGCCCUCGCUAUGUUACUCUUUAAAGUGCCACCUGUUACUGCUUCACUGCUAGCUAUGGUCGUUGAGUACAGCCUACAGUACCAUCAGAGUUGUUCGGCAUGGUUGGACCCUCUUACCUCAACCAACUUGCCAAGACUCGUACCAUCCCUCAUCCCUGGUCACUGGUUGUCUUAACUUGGGGGUUCCUUUGAAUCAAACUAGCACUCCCUCCAAGUACACCACCGUUUUCUUCAACGAUCUAGAGAGUAGUGUUUGAAAGUGGAGUUGCCAAACUGAUUGCCUCUCUUUGUUUCCUGUGUGUAUUGAGCAUUUUGAGUUUUUUGCUUCUUUGAGCAACUUUCUCUCUGCAUGGAGAAGUACAACGGUCACUUUUGGUGGUCUUGUCUAACUGUGACCCCACUGUUGCUGUGACAGGCUUCGCUCUGAUGGUCUGGUUGGCAGUUAUAGUCCAUUAAUCUUAUUCUGUUUCAUAACCAGCAGGAAACUCCUCACAGUCCCUUCAAGGAGGUUGGAGUUGGAGUACAUGGAAAACUUGCUGAAUUACUUCAAUAGUUAAACCAUGCAUGUUCGAAUGGUCACAGACUCCAUUGCAUAAUUGUUUCAGUCAGUCAAUCAAUAAUCAAUAUUGGGUCUGAGACUACUUCCCCUUCAUAUUUUCCAUAUGUGUGAGUGUAUGUGUCACAGAUCCAUGUCCUGAAAAACGCUGGUCAGUGAUUUCCAGUGUCAUUGAUCUGUAUAUGCUUUGGGCGUUUCCUGUGAGGUCACUCUGACAUCACUUCCCAUUUGCUGGGUCACAGGGUUUGAAAGGUUAUUCGUAGUUUUCCUGCUGAAAUAUGAAUGUAAAGAAAUGAUGCCAUUAAAAUAUUUCACUAUUCCCCCUCCCUCCUUCUCCUCUUCUGCAAUUACAAGGAUGGACCCAGUGGAUUGGGUGUUGCUAGGAGACCAUACGACACUGUCAAUCUGAUUCUUUCAAACACUGCCAUUUUCUAUUCUCAGACAUGCUGCAAUGCAGGAGGUGACACACUGCUAAAUGGUGGAGAAUGGCUCAAAAUCUGUAAUGUGACAAGCAGUGACUCAUCCUCCGCUCAUCUAUUUUACAGAAUCAAAUAACUUCAACUCCUGUCAUCAAACCUCAUAUGGGUAGAUCAGUCUUUAGCAGUCCUUUAGUCUGUAACAACCAUUGAUAGUCUUGAACAGAAAGUGUUGUUGAAGCUACUGGAGAAGGUGUGUUUCCAAAGAGGAGGAAUUAACCAAGAAGAGCUGAUUGGUUUGAAAGUUAGGAUGAAUCUGAGCGCCGAAAAUCCUCCAAGAGAAGGAAGUUAUCGAUGAAAAGAUGGAAAUAGGAUAAAAGUUAUAUAUUUGUGUGCUCUGAGAUCAUGGUGGUGACAUUGAAGAGGGCUGAAAUGAUCAUUUUCAACUGUUGAUCAGGGUAGAGCUAGAGUGCGCCAAGGUUGGCCUUAGUUCUACCAGCACAUCAACCUCUGACUACAGCAGGAGGCGCUGUGCUGAAAGAAGUCGAGGACUUCAAAUACCUGGGCUCAUGGGUCAACUCAACUGAACAAGAUCUAAAAGUGAGGAAGGCACUUGCAUGGAGAGCCCUGAACGGCAUGACCAGUGUAUGGAACUCCAACCUCCCCCGCCUAAUCAAACUCAGCUUCUUCUACGCGACAGUAGGGUCCGUUCUCCUCUAUGGCAGUGAAUGCUGGACCCUGAAGCCAACCCUGGAGAAAUCCCUAGAUGGGUGCUACACCAGGAUGUUGCGUGCAGUGCUUAACAUCAGCAAGAACGCACAUGUAACCGACAGAACACUGUACGAGGGAAUACCAAGGGUGAGCGAGAAGAUUGCUGUAAGGAGAAUGAGACGAGCAGGACACUGCCAAAGGCAUCAGGAACUGCCAGCCAGCAAAUUGGUGCUGUGGGAACCAACACAUGGGCAUCGGUCAAGAGGACGUCCUACACUAUCAUACGUGGACAUACUCAAGAAGGAUGCCGGAGCUCAGAGUACCAACGAACUGGCGAGAUGUAUGGAGAAUCGGGAUGACUGGAAGUGACGAUGGAAGGCUCGUCUGAGGACGACCUAGAGGGAUCCCCUUUAUUUUAAAAGACACCCAGAUUUACUGCGAUCUUGUAGAUCUUGUCCUGGCAUCAGGACAUACGUUGACUCCUAACCAAACAAUUAGCUGGACUCCCAGAAACAGGCUGAGUCCAUUUAAUUGGCAUUUAAGGUUGAUAGGUCAUCCACCUUGUCGUUUCUUUAAGCCUCUGUCGCACUGCGAAGAAAAUAUCAUGAUAAACAUUGACGUCUAGAAGUGGAAAAAUGAUAGCAACCAUAUGUUUUGUGGAAUUACUAGCAAUAGUUAUCUGUAAUCAUAUACAUUCAUUUAAAACAUAGUGUCAUCAUCACCAUCCAGUCUGCAUCAGCGCUCAGACAGCCUCCUCCAGAUUAAACCUCUGUGCAGAUAAGUAGAUCAGGGUGGACCAGAGAAACAGAUGGACAGAAAGGAGGAAGGAGAAUGUAAAGGGGGGGGAGGGAGGAGGAGAGGAGCCACAGACCCCCACCCCUCCAACUUUGUGUCCAUGACAGUAUGUGCAGUCAAUCCAUCAGUAUUUUCUAGGUCGCCCGGUCCGCUCAUCUGUGCAGUAAUCUACCCCUGUAUAUAUGCAACAGCGAUGAUCCACUGUGGCACAUCCAGACCUCAGACAGAUCGUUCAUUCAAAAACUCCGAGCUACGUAAAUGAUGAUGUUUCAGUCGCUGGAAUAUCAUCAAAUUUAGUGGAAAAAUAGGCUAUAAAUAAUCCUGCGGUCUUUCAGUAUGGAGCUGCUGUCAGGGGGAACAUUUGCUGCUUAAAUUGUGAAUCAUCAUAUCUGAAUAUAACACGGCCGAUACACGGCAAUCUGCUGCUCUGAUGCCAAAAUGCAAAUGACGUAGUUCACUGAAUUUAGAUAAGGGCAGUAAGUGAAAAGACGACAUCAUACCGACUUCUAUCCUAAUUAUUCAUGACCUUUAUCUCAUUACAGCUCGCUUUAAAGCACCUCAUUUAUCACAGAUGUAUGUCUGAUGAUUUAUUCAUGUUAGGGUUAUGAAUGCUGAGGUUAAGUUAGAAAGUCUUUGUUGGUUCCUUUCUUCUUCUACAAACUGUGAAGCACAGAUCAAACCCUCGGCUGUUUGAUUUCAGCAGAUUAAAAAAAAAAAGGCUUAGCCGGCCUUCAUCAGACCUGCUGUGGAGCUCUGAGCUGCAGACCAGGCAGGAGAGGAUGCACCACAGCAGAGAUGACUGUAGAUGUUCAGCAUGAACAUCUGGAGGAGGCUGCUGGAACCUCCUCGGGUUUUACAGCCUAGAGCUGAACAGAGAACAAAAGAGGAGCUUUAUGCUGGGGUAACUUUUGUUCAAAAUGACAGCAUCAUGAUCCUGCCGUACCUAUAUCCUGUCCUAGAAAUGCUCAAAUACUCAUCUGUGGAACAAGUCUGCAGUUCAGAGAAAUUGGGCUUUUGUGACGUCUCGAAUCAUCCACUGCUGCAGCGAAGACGGGUCUGUUUACAUGCUUGAUUGAGCCCUUGUCUCCUCGGGUGUCAUCUUCUCGAAUAGAUGUGAUCACACAUGAGCAAGAGAGCGGGAUGAGGAGGAAAUGAACUGAUGGAGCAAAUUGCUUCAUCUAAAAGAAUACAAUACAGCCUUCUUGAUGGGUGCAAAGACAUCGAUUUGAUGAUUCAGUUUGUUUGGGUAAAUAUUGUGUGUAUAUUUUUGACAGUCCCUUUAUUUCCUUUGUUAUGCUGUUUUCAAGCCAUUUGUUUGUCAACCAGUUAAAUCAGAGCGCACAAAAUUUACAUCUUAGAACAACAAGAUAUGAUAUUUAUUCUGUUUGCUUAUAGCAGAGGAAUUCAGGAGGUGUGAAGAGGUGAAUGAGCAGGUAUGAAUGAAUGAGGAACUGAGAUUGAAAAAACUGAGCGGCAAAGAGAGAGAGAGAGUGAUGGUGAGGGAUUAUUGCUGUUCAGUGGGUUAAUCUGUCCAUGUAGUAAACAGCAGUAAUCUCACGGCCUGCCGGACGCGUCUGCCCUGGGAACGCUGCCCCUCCAGACAGAUGGCCACACACACACUCACUCACACACACAUUAACAUCCAGCACACACAGAUUUACAUGUACACCCGGCAAGAAUCAGGAGCCGGGACAAAUGCUCACGUUCGCAGUCGGGCAGAAGACAAACACACGUGCACCACUGCGAAUACCGAAUAUCACUACCGCUCACUGAGGGACACUACAAAUCAGAUUUACUAUCAAUCUACCAUAACUGUGUGUUUACUUCACUUUAUUUCUAAGACAGAAUUGACUAUGUAGCAAGUCAUAUAUGUCUAAUAUAUCUGGGUCAAACUGCAGAGGGUAGUGUCACUCUAACUGCAAAGAGAUAAAGAAAUCAUUCACUUAUCAAGCCUGAACCCGAACCUCACAGCUCAGACUCAACCACAUGAGAGCUUUCCUGAAAUGAGUCUGUGCAAAACAGUGGCGAUUGCUCUAAGACUGCAAGGGAAGCUCGGCUUCCCUUAAAAUGUCACCCCCCAAAAAAAAGAAAAAGUGGUGAAAUACGUACUGCUGUGUGUACAUUUCAUUAACUAAAUACGCACUAGAAAGCCUUCAUCUUUUGUUCAGACACUGUGAUAAGAAGCUGAUAAUUAUAGGUAACCGGCAUAACUUCGUUCUCAUUCAUCCUCGCAGCGCCUCAGCGCUUUAAACAGCCGGACGCUGGGCUUCUGCUGACUUCAAUGUGGAAGCUGAAAGUGGGUUGUUCCAGCAGCGAAACUAGACGCUCAUUGGAUAAAUGCUGGGCUUUGUCCCGCCCAAUGGAAGCUAAGCUUCACUGGAGUUCUAUGGCGAGAGGGCGGUCCCGACUUUCUCCCGGACUGCAAGCUUCUGCAUCCAUGAUUGGAUGAGCUGUCUGAGGCGAAAUCCUUUUUUGAUUGACAGCUAAACAAGCGAAUCAGCGAUCUUGAAGAAUAAAACAUCUACCAGAGCAUUUUCCAAGUCAUUCAUUCCGUUGUUCUUAACUGCUCCGGAGACUUUACCGAUCCUCAGCGACUUCUGUCUUUAUUAAAAACGACUGCCGUUGUGUUUGGCGACUCUGUUCUGUUACAUACUAAUAAACAAAUACAAUUAUGAUGUAGGCCAGAAAAAUGAGCUUCCCCUCAUUGAAAGACCAGCAGCCGCCACUGGUGCAAAAGUGUAGUUGGACAUGUUCAUAUCAGGGACGAAUAGACAUGAAGAACUAAUGUCAGGUCAGAUUAUACAGACUGAGGAGGCGUCAGCAGAGUUUGGACUCCAGGUUUACAUUGAAAUGAACUUUAUAAAGUUCAGUAGGCUGUUCAAACCCUCUACGUUUGUUUGCUUUGUAACCUUGAGCACUGAAUUAAUUCUGUGACUCAUUAUAAUUUCCUUUUGUUCUUUCUGUCUCCUGAACCCAAUUAGUGAGCAUUAAACUGUCCCUGUGUGUUCUGCAAAAAUACAUCUGAGAGGGGGUUAGCUGCCAAGACAACAGUGUUAACACACCUGCAUGUCCUCUCUGCUCUUAUUCACUGCACACUUUCUCUUUGUCGGUCUAAAAUUUAAAAAAAUGUAAAAGCUGCUAUUUUUACUGUUUUUUGCCACUUUUAUAAAUCAGUAGUUCAGAAAAAAACAAAAAAAGAACAAAAGGUUGUCGUCUUUUUUUAUCCUGCUCUCCUGUUUCCAUCAGAGCUGUGGUGAUAUGUCGGGCAGCUGGCUGACAUUUAAGUGCUUUACUAUAGACCCUCCGGAUGUUGAAUGGUGCAUGCUGGGUAACUAGGUUAUUCCAGAAAAAAAGGUAGUAAUCCCCCCGGUAACAAAUGAGCAAGCAAAGUACACUCACAGAUGUGCAGAUAUGUGUUCUUAGAGAAUAUUUUCAGUGAGUCUGAUCUUGUACCAACUCUGUAUUCUCUUGUAUUUGACCCCGAUCCUUCACUUUUAUGAGCAUUUAAAUUAUCUGCUUCUUCUUUCAGACCGUCUUUGUAGCCUAAAUAGCAGUGCCGUAAACUGCAGUCAGAGCGGACCUCUUGAGACAGGUCUGUGUUGUAAAGAUGCCAGAUCUAAUCAGGAAGUGUCGAGCUCCCCUCCCACACCGGGGGAUUUAACUAAUUUGGAUCCAAGUAUAAAUGUUUUGGCUGGAUUAUAAUAAAAGUCGGCAGCCAAGAAUCUUAAAAUAGUUUGUUUCUCAACAUCUUAAACGUUAAAUGUCUUAAAUGUUGGUGACGGGUUUGUUUUAUCGAGCACCAGAGUUUGGACUGUUUCUGUCAACGUUGUUGUUGUCUCAUCUCUUUGUUUUGUUUCAGUGAGUCAUUAAAUAAAGAUUAUAUCCAGUUAUUAUGAUGGAUUCACUCUGAAUGAUCUUGUCUCUGUGUGUUACAGUAUGGACGGUCAGACAGCUACCGCGUGGCCACCACGCAGGACAAGGAUGAGAAGGAGUCACCCAAGAAGAAGGGAGGCAAGGAUCUGGAUGACCUCAAGAAGGAAGUUCCCAUAGUACGUACACCGCAUCCCGCUUCCUCUGACCUGACUCUUGACUGGAAUUUACCCACUUAGUGAAGCAGAUCUGUGACAUCAAGAUUCCCCAAAAGCCUCAUUUCAAAUCUGGGCUUAACUAAUCAGGUGUAAAAAGCCUCUGAGCCCCAGCUGAGGACUUCAUAGAUGGAGCAUCCUGGACUCCCCCCAGCUUUCUGAGAGCAACUGUGAUAUAAUCUCCCAGUUUAAAAGGAUAUCACAGAGACGGGGUGUUCAAGAACAGCUGCUGUACUGCGGUUCAGUUCCAGGUCGCCUGCCAGAACAAUUUAAUCUUAUUGUGGAAGGAUUUGUCCCUGGAUGGGGCAGGAAGCCAAACCCUCAGGAAAUCCCUUUGUCAUAAAACGAUACGAGCCUAGUUAAGAUACGCCAAUCAGAAAAUACCUGAGUGUCUUUGUAAUGUACCUCUUUAUUUUAAAACUUAUUAAAACCGACACCAAACCAGCGUCUAGUAUGUAGACGUCUUUACAUCCUCAUGUAGGAUUGAUCAGAUCUCAGGACAAACCUUGAUAUGUUGUUCUGAAAUGUAAUGCUACUUAUGUGUCAUCAUGAUAUUUUCCUUAAAAUGUGAUGUCUUUUUGACAUAUUUCAGGAAGAGAAUAGAUAGUGUCUAGCAUUAAGUCCAUUUCCCAGAUUACUUAAGAAAAAAAUGUAUUUUGUUCCCUGACAUUUAUAACGUACAACAAACUGUUAAAACAAGAAACCUGUUUUUGUUCUCCUCUGGUUUGCUCUGAUUUUAUUCUUUUAUUGAAUCAUUUGAAACAGAUUCACAAGACGCCCUUACAAAGGUGUCAAGGUUUUAACAUAGAAGAAACUCUUCACUGUUAAUAUGCAAUAGCAGCUGAGGAUACUACAGAAUAUUGGUGUUUUUGAACUGAUAUGAUUCCUGACAUCUUUGUAAGUUUCUCUUUCUGUUUUGAUUUUUUCGCAGACUGAACACAAAAUGUCCGUUGAAGAGGUUUGCCGGAAGUACAGCACUGACAUCGUCCAGGUGAGUUUGUGUGAGGAGGAGAAGAAAAAGCAGAAUUCCUGGUUAGUUUUUCUCUUCUUCUCUCCUUAACCCAUUUAAACCGGGACAGCAUGUACCAAUUUCAACCUUACAAGCCGGCGGCGCCGCUGCUGCGCAUUUCUACCCUUUAGGCCGGGAGCGCGGAUACGUCAUUUUGUAACAUUCUGUAAUAUUUCAUAUGAGUUUGUUUGUUCAAAGUUUUCAAUAAUGUGAUGAAGGGUCAGAAAAAUAAAAGAACGUUAUCUUAGAAGCCACACAUGUAAGCUCUCAAAUACUUUUUGAAUUGUGUUUCUAUCUGCUACAGAGGCGGAGAUCUCAGUUUUAUUUUUAAACCUCAACCCUUCAGAAAACCUCAGGGUCUGGGGGCCCUUCUCAAAACGGCCCCCAGGAUUUCCGAGGCGUGUCUCAGACACGGUUCAGGUCUUACUGGGUUAAACAUUCACUAUAUUUACCACUUCUGCUCCUCCUCAGGGUUUGACCAACGCCAAGGCAGCAGAGUACCUGGCCAGGGACGGCCCCAACGCACUGACCCCGCCCCCCACCACCCCAGAGUGGGUCAAGUUCUGCCGCCAGCUGUUCGGAGGCUUCUCCAUCCUGCUGUGGAUCGGCGCCAUCCUCUGCUUCUUAGCCUACGCCAUCCAGGCUGCCACGGAGGACGAGCCCGCCGGAGAUAACGUGAGUGGAAAGUCGAAGGACGGAUGAAGACAAUAUGAUGAAUUUUCAGCCUGAGGCUGUUUGUGUCGCUUCUGAGUGGAGUCAGAUCUCCAAAAGCACCAGAGGGGGGGACACGUGGAGAGCGAUGAGCUGGUGGUCAUGCCUGUGAGCUCGCUGUCCUCCAGUGCAUUAAAAAAAAACGCUGAGUCACUACUCUUCAGUGGUAAAUGAUGUGUCAGCGGUUUGUCUGAGUCAUGACCCGUCUUCAGUGAGACAGACGCCAUCCUGUUAACAUCUGUUUUUUUGGCGGGCCACAGGGGGUGAGUGACUCAUGGUGCUGAUAAUGGCGGGCUAAGAGGAGGGCGCUCACGGGUCAGCUCUGUUUCAUGUCGGGUCAGAGCGCAGCAAAGAGCCCGGGACUGAGGCUAAACAGACAUGACACACACAGUAUGAAGAGAUGCUCGGAUCAGACCACCGGGGGGUGACUCCGGGUGAGACACAGACAGUGAGGAGUUAGCGUGAGAGGCCAAGACUGACGAUCUGACACUGCCUAAAUGCUCAGAGUGAACCCUGAUAACUGACUGCACCAGUGUCUCAUGGUACUGGAUUAGAAAAGGUGCUCAGUGGGAGGAGGAGGAGGAGGUCUUCUCAGGAGUCAUAAAACUCCCUGAAGAGCAGACAGACAGCAGACGGGUAACUCUCAGGUGAAUUAGUCCAAAUCCAUUCUGCUGAAAAGACAGAAGGAGACUUCAUUUAGCUUUAGGAUUCAAGUUUAACUGAAGCUGCAGGUUCCAAAUAUUGAUCUUCAAGUUUUUCCCUCUGCUGGUUGAUUUCUCUCCUCCUUUCAGAUACAUUUGACAAAGCUGAAAUCAGUCAACAAAUUUCUGUAUUAAACGUAGAAGUUGUGUGUUUUUUCCUUCUCUUCUCUCUCCAGCUGUAUCUGGGUAUCGUGCUGUCGGCUGUCGUCAUCAUCACAGGAUGCUUCUCCUACUUCCAGGAGGCCAAGAGCUCAAAGAUCAUGGAGUCCUUCAAGAAUAUGGUCCCUCAGGUACUGGACACUGGUUUGUUGGUCUGAUUGGAUUUUAGGAAAGUAGUGGGUUGGCGAGUUUAAACUUUAAUAGGUAUUUAAAGUGAAAUGAUUUAAGCUCAACAACAUACAAGGGGUGUAAAGAUUCACUGACUCCUUCAGAUCUGAUCAGGGUUUAUAAUGUACCGUUGUUCUUUUUGUUCUCAGCAAGCCCUGGUGAUCCGAGAGGGAGAGAAGAUGCAGAUCAACGCCGAGCAGGUGGUGGCAGGAGACCUGGUGGAGGUGAAGGGAGGAGACAGGAUCCCCGCUGACCUCCGCAUCAUCUCCUCCCAUGGCUGCAAGGUGAGACGCAGAAACACUUCUCAUGGAAAACUUAAGAGUCUAUUUUCAGUCGGGUUUCUCCAGGGUAUCAGGCACUUAGAAAAAGGAUCCUGGAACAACUUUAUUUAUUGUUUACCUGAAGGCUGGUCGAGGUUUUUAUGAAAAAUAAUGUCUGGAUGGAAGAAACUCUGCAGAGAAAUACAAACAAUCAUCAGGGGAACAGCAAACAUGGAAGAAAAACGAGACAGUAAACACAAUCUGUCCUUCUACCGGGCUGUUUGGCUCUGAACCAGUUACCUCUCCCUUCACACACACUAACCCUCUCUCUCUCUCUCUCUCUCUCUCUCUCUCUCUCUGUGUCUAUCCAUCCAGGUGGAUAACUCAUCCCUAACCGGUGAAUCCGAGCCCCAGACCAGGUCACCUGACUGCACCCAUGACAACCCCCUGGAGACCCGCAACAUCGCCUUCUUCUCCACCAACUGUGUUGAGGGUGAGACCCCAAACUGAACCCAUCCCUGUUCUCGUCCUCCGUCAUAGUUCCUCUCUUUCUUCUGCGUGUUUACCUCCAUUCAAACGGCUGUAUCCGUGAUUUUGUACUGUUCUGGUUCAGUGAGCAGACACUUGUGCAAACACAGACACUACACCUUCAUCUGCUGUCACAGUCGGCCACACGGGACGGUGACGUCAGCAGGGAGAGCAGUGACUGGAAAUUUGACCUCAUGUAACCCUGUACCUGUUCCACUCCACUUCAGAUCAUCACGUUCCUGAGAAGCUCUGCAUCUUUGGCAGCGCUCCUCAGGGUGGGAGAAAGGAAAAUAAUGAUGUAUACUGCCCCCGUGUGGGCAUACAGCAACAUUACAUUCAGUCAGUGAUGAGCCUCCCAACCACAAGUUCAUGAAUCCCCCUCCAUUGAACAGAUAUUAUUUUUGAGUAUCAUCUUUAAUCCUCCUUCUCUCUGUCUUCAGGAACCGCUCGUGGUAUCGUCGUGUGCACCGGUGAUCGUACAGUGAUGGGCCGUAUCGCCACCCUCACCUCAGGCCUGGAGACUGGCAAGGUACCAUAUCCACUAUAAUGCACUUUGAGAAACGGUGUCGAACAGUCCUUCAGCCUCCUCUAACUCUUUGUAUCCACCUCCGCUCCUCAGACGCCCAUCGCCAAAGAGAUCGAGCACUUCAUCCACAUCAUCACGGGCGUGGCCGUCUUCCUCGGCGUGACCUUCUUCGUCCUGUCUCUCAUCCUGGGUUACUCCUGGCUGGAGGCCGUCAUCUUCCUCAUUGGUAUCAUUGUGGCCAACGUGCCGGAGGGACUGCUGGCCACAGUCACUGUGAGUACAGAAAGGGAGAGAAAGUGUGUGCGUGUGUGUGUGUGUGUGUGUGUGUGUGUGUGUGUGUGCGACAGUUACCAGGACAUAAGUGAAGAAAUGUUUGAGUUAUUUUGUUUCCUCUUCCGUUUUGCACAGAGAAGAAGCCGAUCAGAAAACACAUGUAUUAACUUUGACUGACAGUUUUGUGUUAAAGCGUUUUUAAAGUUGUAUGAAAUGUCUCGUCUUCAUCUGGACAAUAGUAACUGAAGUUUGAGCUCAUAGAGAAGCAGCACUGGAAACAUACUUGGUAUUUAUGAUAACCUCUCGUAUUACUCCAGGUUGUCCAAUAUGGGUCAAUAAAUCAAUUGUUGUUGGGGUAAAUCGAUUAUCAGGAUCAAUUUCUAAAUUUGGUUGAUUAUCGGUAUCAGCCUUUGAUUGCACACACGGUCAAUAAAUUAACUGAUCAGAACUCGGGCUCAGCUGCUGGUGUGUCUUUCCCUCUGGGUCUGUUUUCUUGCACCAGUUUCACUCGCCUACUGCCCGCCAACAACACUCUCUGAUUGGCUGUCAUGUCUCUGUGCUGAAGGUGUAACUGGUUGACUGUUAACUUUGUCUAUAAUGUUGAAUAUUUCAGUUUUAAUUGAACAUUUGUUAAAGGUGUUUGGGUAAAAUUUGGUGUUGGAUUUUGUAAAUUUAAUCUAAAGUUCUUCAUAUUUCUGUGUGAAUAUUUAUCGGUUCCUAAUGUUGGUUCUCAGUCUCAUGAACUGCUAAUAAUCAGUAUAAUCAGCCUAUAAUAUAAUCAACCUCAGUCGAGCCCCACUUUGUUGUUUCAUCCAUGUCUGGUUGUGUACACUGUCCUGGCUGAUGUUGUGUUGUUGUUGCUGUGUUUGUUGUGUGAUUCUGACUCUGCUUUUUGUAUCUCUGUGCUUGUUUUUUUGUGAUGUGUUGUUGUUGUGCCGAUGUUGUUUAUCGAUGUGCAUUAAUAUUCUCUCUCUGUGCCGGUUGUUUGUGUUUCUGUGGUGCAUAUAUUGUGUGUUCUUCUUUCCAUCACUCUCUUCUUUCUCUCUCUCUCUCUCUCUCUGUCUCUUUCUUUUAAUGCAGACCCAUAUGUGUUUGUUUGUGUGUGUGUCUCUCUCUCUCCAUCAUCCUCUCUGUAUGUUUCUCUCUCUCUCUCCCUCUCUUUUCCAGGCCAGUCACGGUGCUGUCUGCAAUGACAACGUCUAGCUAAUGUAAUGAUAUUAGGCUCUCAUGACUGAAUUUGGCCUGCUCUGCUUAGCCUUGGCUAGUUCUGUUUGGUCCAUGGGUCCUGCCAUGAUUGGCAUGAUAGCACAUGAUGCACCGCUGCUCUGCUUCACCGCUUCAUUGGUCAUGCCUCAUAUUCUCUCUCUGCAUCGCUGUUUUGGCUGUUUUUGAUUCAUUUUUGGAAAUAGGUUAGGCUAUAUCAUUUUAGUGCAUUUUGCUCUAGAGGGAUAUUUUUAAAGCAGGUUGAGUAUCUCCAGGUUUAAAGAUGUUUUUUUUGUUGUUGUUUUUGCUUGAAUGUUUUGAUUAUGGAAGGUAGGGCUGGGCGAUAUGAGCUAAAAAUAAAACCUGUUUUAUUUUACAAAAAACUUGAUAGAUAGUUUUUGUUUUGUUUUCUCCUAAAAAUAAAACUACAGAUGACAAAGACAUGACUGUGAACACUAGGGGUGGGAGAAAAAAUCAAUUCACAUAAGUGUGGCGAUUUUUCUUUUACAAAAUUUAAAUUGAUUUUUAUGUUGUUUUUUUUUUCAAAUUUAAGGAUAAAUCUUAAAAACUGACUUAAGGUCCUUUCACACCGGGAGCAUUUUUUCGUGCGAUUAUUUCAGACGUCAAUAUUUUUUCCGAACCCGCAUCCUGUCAAUACAAGCGUUGCGGCAUUUAUUUUUUCGUAGCACAGUCGAAUUUUCUUAAGUUUCGCAUACUGUGUGUCCACUUCUGACCAAUCAGAUUUCGUGUUGUUGCGACGUCUGAUUCACCUGUAUAUCCAACAUGAACCGGCUGAUUGUUUACGUGUCGGAGAACAGAGUGAUUUUUGAUAAAAGACACAAAUAUUACAAAGAUAACGACCUGAAGGACAACUUGUGGAGAGUCAUAGUGUCAGAUUUCUCAUAUGACGAUGGUUUGUGAGCUUUAACAGUUUGCUAAACGUCUUUGUUUUAACUUUUAUCUGUGCUAAGUAACUUUAGCUCGUAAGCUGACCUGUUCAGAUACAACAUAUCAUAUGUAUUUCACUGUCUCAAACUCAAUCACAGCGUUGCUGUCACAGCACCAUUAGGUCUCGGUUGUUACCUUACGUUUAUGGAUUAUAGUUUAAUGUUCUUAUCUGGUACUGGUCCCGACUCAGUACAUGCUAUCAUGACAGACAGACAUCUCAACACUAGAGUCUAAUCAGAACUGAAAAACACUCAGUCUGCUGUUGUGUCAGUCUUCUCGCUUCCACCCGGGACACAUCAUAUUUUCCCCUUGGAAAGUUGCAAAAAAGCAUCGCGCUUGAUGUGUACAGUCAGGUGCGUCAAAAUUCGCCUCCAAAUAUUUCGUAAUUUUGCAUCGUAUAUUUCCGUCGUUCCCGGUGUGCAAGGACCUUUACAUGUGAUGUGUGUUUUUUGGGGAAAUAGGUUCCUGGAUUAGUCAGUAGACAAUCAUAAUCACUCAACUGAUUCACUGGUGUUAAAAAUGCAGACUUAAAAUCGAGAAAAUCUGCAUUAUCUAAAAUCGCCAUUUAAAUCAGAUCGGCAUCCAAAAAAUCACACAAGAAUCAAAUCGGGAGAAAAGCAUAUUGUUCCAGCCCUAGUGAACACUGUAGUUUAUUUUUAGGUCUGACACUGUAAAACUACACCAGUUCCAAACGACUGAUGAGACUCUGCCUUUUUGGCGGGAAAAACUCAAAGCAGCAGAAGAAUUUAGAGAGAAAAAAAAUCCCCAAAAUUAUCAUCAGUUUACCUGACAGGGUAAAUCUUAAAAAAACACAAAUUCAAAUGAAUGAUUAAAUCGAUUUAUCGCACAGCCCUGGCCGUAUGUGACUGCUUUAUCUGCAGAAGUCAAACACCUGGAGAUGUUCACCUGUGCUGUGAGUUUCCUGCAUACUAUAAAAACUAACUGUUGUUUCUCUUUCUCCUUUCUCUUUUUUUGUCCGAUUUUAUCGUCAACAACUUUUCUCCUCCCGUCUUUCUUCCUCUCCUUCUUGUGACUCUCUCUCUCUCUCUUUGCGAUCUCUCUCUCUCUCCUUUGUCUCUCGUCCCUCAGGUGUGUCUGACACUGACCGCGAAGCGAAUGGCUCGUAAAAACUGCCUGGUGAAGAACUUGGAGGCCGUGGAGACGCUGGGCUCCACCUCCACCAUCUGCUCCGACAAGACAGGCACCCUGACCCAGAACAGGAUGACCGUGGCCCACAUGUGGUUUGACAACCAGAUCCAUGAGGCCGACACCACUGAGGACCAGUCUGGUAAAACUGACCCCGUUCUCCUAUCAUGCAGCAGGACUAAAAACCAUAUAUUAGAUCUGUUAAUCUAGUUUAUUCAAAGAGCAAAAUAACUGGUUCUGUUUAAACUAGACGGUCAGAGUUUGGGUUUCAUUAUCCCGAUAUUUCUGUGUCCGUUCUCCAGGCUCCUCCUUCGACAAAAGCUCCACAACAUGGGUGUCUUUGGCUCGCAUCGCUGCUCUGUGCAACCGAGCCGUGUUCAAGGCUGGUCAGGAGUCCCUGCCCAUCCUGAAGCGCGAGGUGGCCGGUGACGCCUCCGAGUCGGCCCUGCUCAAGUGCAUCGAGCUGUCCUGUGGCGCCGUCAAGGCCAUGAGGGACAAGAACAAGAAGGUGGCGGAGAUCCCCUUCAACUCCACCAACAAGUACCAGGUCUGUCCCCUUCGUUUAUCAACUCAGAACCAUUUUACUUCCAAUGUUCGGUAUUAACUCCACACUUUGUUCCUAACAGCUCUCAAUUCACGAGGUGGAAGAGGAAAGUGAUAACCACUACCUGCUGGUGAUGAAGGGAGCCCCCGAGAGGAUCCUGGACCGCUGCUCCACCAUCAUGGUUCAGGGCAAAGAGCAGCCAAUGGACGACGAGAUGAAGGAAGCUUUCCAGAACGCUUACCUGGAGCUGGGAGGACUGGGAGAGAGAGUGCUGGGUAAGAACAGAGGACAGGAGAGAGUUUGGGAUUAUAAUGAAGCUCUCUCUGUUUUUGUCCCUCAUGUAUCACCGAUCUUCUCUCACCCUUUCCUUCAGGUUUCUGCCACCUCUUCCUACCUGAGGACAAAUAUCCCAAAGGGUUCGCCUUCGACACAGAUGACGUCAACUUCCAGACGGACAACCUUUGCUUCGUCGGCCUCAUGUCCAUGAUCGACCCUCCUCGUGCCGCUGUGCCUGAUGCUGUGGGCAAAUGCCGCUCAGCUGGUAUCAAGGUGAGCUCCUUUCAGAGCUGGCAUUUAAAUGUCUGUAAAAGAAGAAGAUCACAGCGACACGGAAACGCUGAGUCCUUUUCCAUCUUUCCUUGUUCUCUUGACUAUCCAUUAAAACCGUCUCCUUCAUCUCGCUGUUCUCGUCUCCUCCCAGGUCAUCAUGGUGACAGGGGACCACCCAAUCACAGCCAAGGCCAUUGCUAAGGGCGUUGGCAUCAUCUCUGAAGGCAACGAGACAGUCGAGGACAUUGCUGCACGCCUCAACAUCCCUGUCAGUCAGGUCAACCCCAGGUAAGACAAGAUUUCAAGAUUAGACCGCAGGUUAAAAGUGGGUUUUUAACAUGAGGGAUAAACUUUUUACUUCAGUUUAUUCUUGAAAUAUAAAAAAGAUUCUCAGUGCUCUGCUUCAUCUUUGUUCUGCAGGGACGCAAAAGCCUGUGUGAUCCACGGCACAGACCUGAAAGACCUCUCCCAGGAUCAGAUGGACGACAUUCUGAGGAACCACACAGAAAUCGUCUUUGCCAGAACCUCCCCGCAGCAGAAGCUCAUCAUCGUCGAGGGCUGCCAGAGACAGGUCCAUUCACUGUUCACGAGUGUCUACUGUAUGAACACACAUCUGAUUUGAUGACCUCUUCGACGAGAAUGAAAGCCAUUAACUGCGGGUCGUCCUUUUCUCAUCAGGGGGCCAUUGUGGCCGUGACAGGUGACGGCGUGAACGACUCUCCCGCUCUGAAGAAAGCCGACAUCGGUGUUGCCAUGGGGAUCUCCGGCUCAGACGUGUCCAAACAGGCCGCAGACAUGAUCCUGCUGGACGACAACUUUGCCUCUAUUGUCACUGGAGUAGAGGAAGGUGAGGAAUGAAGAAAGGAAGGAAGGAGAGGGGAGGGGAAGAGGGAGCAGUUAGUCAGAGAGCAGUCAGUGUUAUAAAUCCUGGACAGUUCACUUUCUAUGGGCCACAAAAAGACUGUCAGUGUCAUCUUGGGUGUGGGGUCUUCUUCUCAUAGAGGUGACCCGUGCUGAGCAGCAUGUCCUUUGUCUCCUAACAGGCCGCCUGAUCUUCGACAACCUGAAGAAGUCUAUCGCAUACACUCUGACCAGCAACAUCCCAGAGAUCACUCCCUUCCUGUUCUUCAUCCUGGUCAACAUCCCUCUGCCUCUGGGCACCAUCACCAUCCUCUGCAUCGACCUGGGAACAGACAUGGUAAAGGACAGCUGACAUCUAACUACAGUCUGACACUCUGAGACUGUCAGCAGCAGCAUCUAGUGUGUUUGUAUCCAGUCAGGCAAACUAAUGCUAAUGCAGGUGGUCCUAUACGCUUAAUCCUAUUACACGCUCGCAUGACUGACCAAUGAAAAGUCAUGCAUGCACAGUGAACCAAUAAUGCACAGUGUGAACCCUCCUGUUUACUGUGAACAUGUCAGGCAGGUGCUCAGUUGGCAAAACAUUAAGUGGUCAUACCUGGUAUUCAAUAACAGAGAAACACAGCGGUGUUCAGCUGAGGACGAGCUGAAUGUUCUGUUACAUGAAUCAAAGUGACAUUUAAAGAAAUUGGUGUAAAAUCACAGAGAUGUCAGAGACACUGAACAUUUGAAUAGAACUGAAAAGAUGUGCAGAGAUGACCGGAGUAAAACAGGCCACUAGAUGGCAGUGUGGGCCCUUCCUUAUUCUCAUGCUCGGGGCGUGAUAAAAUAAACCAGAGAGGAAAAAAUAAUAAAUGAAAACUCCAGUGAAACCAUUUUGACCAGACUGUCCCCUCUUUUUCAGGUACCAGCCAUUUCUCUGGCCUACGAAGCAGCAGAGAGCGACAUCAUGAAGCGUCAGCCCAGAAACCCUCUGAGGGACAAACUGGUCAACGAGAGACUCAUCAGCAUCGCCUACGGACAGAUUGGUGGGCACUAUCAACAGAAAAUAAAAACUGCAAACUUAAUAACCUGUAUCAUUAUUAGAUCAUCUAACUCACAGCUAACGGUGUCUAAUCUGACUGCGAACAUAUGUCGGUCUCUACAGGAAAUAAUCGUGUCAUUGUGUUUGAUCAAUAAUUGACGUCGAUCUCCGUCUGUGUCUGCAGGAAUGAUCCAAGCUCUCGGUGGUUUCUUUGCGUAUUUCGUCAUCAUGGCUGAAAACGGUUUCCUGCCAGCUCAUCUCGUCGGCAUCCGGCUCAACUGGGACGAUCGCUCCACCAACGACCUGGAGGACAGCUACGGACAGCAAUGGGUGAGAAAAGAAAUCCUCCAUGAGAUCUAUGAGAUACAGAAAAAGGUCAAUGCUGUUUAAAAUAAAGCUCUGACAGAAGACGGCGUCUGUCUAACACGCUGUUUCUCUUUCUGUUUCUCUGCUCAGACCUACGAGCAGCGGAAGAUUGUCGAGUUCACUUGUCACACAGCCUUCUUCGUCAGUAUCGUGGUCGUGCAGUGGGCAGACGUCAUCAUCUGCAAGACCAGACGUAACUCUGUAUUCCAGCAGGGCAUGAGGUGAGUAAAAACACCCGUUAGAGUCAGUUUAACUCGACAAAGUUACCUUUUAGACGUGUAAACAACCUGUGAUGAAGCCAGAACAUGUCUGAAACAUUUAGCGAGAACUCAGUCUCAUCUGUUCACUCUCUCCUGUCUGCGUUUGUCGUCUUGCAGGAAUAAGAUUUUGAUCUUCGGUCUGUUUGAGGAAACGGCUCUGGCUGCUUUCCUGUCCUACUGCCCUGGCAUGGACGUGGCACUACGGAUGUACCCACUCAAGUAAGAACGGCCACACAAACCGAACAUGUCAACAUUGAAUCAGGACUACAAAAAAACAAUCCUGUAACAAAUAAGUUAAAGUCAUAAAGUCGACCUUCUUCUCCUCCGUUUUCAGGCCCAGCUGGUGGUUCUGCGCGUUCCCCUACAGUUUCCUCAUCUUUGUUUACGAUGAGAUCCGAAAACUCAUCCUGCGUCGAAACCCUGGAGGUAAGAAAACUCGCACACUCAGAGAAUCAGAGACGAACAUUUAGAGUCGUUUUCUCCUCCUAAAAAAGGAGAAAAUUCUCCUCCUAAUUUGUGCAUUUUUUUAAUCCAUCGUUCUAUGAAAAGAGGCGAUUAAAACAACUGUUCAGUAUUAAUCUUUUAAAGUAAUCAUCCAAAAAUCAGAUUUGAAAAUUCACCAGGAACAACAUGAUAACAUGGUUUUAUCUCUGAUUAUAAACACACACCUCUCUCUCUCUCUCUCUCUCUCUCUCUCUCUCUCUCUCUCUCUCUCUCUCUCUCUCUCUCUCUCUCUCUCUCUCUCUCUCUCUCCCUUUUUUCCCCUCCUUCUCUUCUCUUCCUCUCUGCAGGCUGGGUGGAAAAAGAAACGUACUAUUAAAUUAUCAAAGCACCGUUUACUUCUCACCACCUUCCUCCCUGAAACUCAUCCCUCCUUCUCUCUCUCUCCCCCUCCUGUCUCUCCGUCUCCCUCCAUCUAUCCCUCCACUCCUCGCCAACACACUCAAACUUUACAAGAAAACUGUUUACUCUCCCUCCUCAUCCUCCCAUCUUCAUCCCUUAAAGAAACAAAGAAAAAAACAAACGCCAAGACAAAAAAAGAGGACCAACGACAGAGGAGGAGAGGAAGCGUGGAGAUGCGUUUGUGUCUCCUCCUGUCCUCUCUCUUCCUCUGUCUUCUUUUUUCUACCCAAAGUCUUUACAGCUCUAGUCUGCCAGUAACACUGUCGUGCCGAUGUUUCCGACCGCACUGUUAGCCGCGGCCUCUCUUCAUACGUGUGAUAAACAGUAGAGUUAGCGAAAACCAAGAUGAAAACCUGACUGUUCCACUGCGAUCACUCGUGCCGAGCAGAACAACAACAACAACAACAACAACAACAACAUGGCAGCUCCCGCCUCCCGGAGCGGAGCGGGUGGGUGUUUGUUAGCCACCGGGAUCCAGCUCUUCAAUCACUGCCAUUUCCCGCCAUUCGCCUUCAAACAGCUCGACUUGUCUCUCUUUUUCUAUCACUGCCAAACUUCUACUGCCGUUUUUUCUCUCCUCCUCCUCCCUUUCUCUCUCUUCCUCUUGAACCUGUAAAGAAUCAGUGUCACUCUAAAACAUCAGCACCCGCCCACUCGUACCCUCAUCAGGGUUGAAAAAGGUCCCCCUCCCUCCCUCCCUCUCUCUCUCUCUCCUCCCGUGUUGUUUUUUUUUCUGCUUGUGUUGUUGUUGUUUUCUUAUAGACAGCUGGGUGUUUUUUAAAAAAUCUAAACUGUUUGUAAAAGUUCGUUUGUUUUCUUUUUUUUUUUUGAAAGUUCGUUGUGGGUCUGAGAGCUGCUUGUUUUCAUUCGGACAUGACAAAGCACACUGUCCCUUCCUCCUCUCCCUCCCUCUAUCUAUAUAUAUAUCACUCCCCCCUUUACCUCCCCUCUCCUCACCCUGCCUGUCGAUCUGUUCCCGUUUGUCUGUUUGUUUGUGAACACCGUGCAAACCCUCCGUCCUUGUAGACUACCACCCACGUUCACCACCUGACUCCUCCUAUUCUCUCUCACCUCCCUCAACCCCACCUGGUCCCUCCCUUUAAAAAAAAAUACAAUCUUUCUGUGUCCUCGGAAAAAGAGAUUUCUCUCCGAUUUCAUUACUUAAAUCUGGAAACAUGAAGAAAAAAAAGGCACUGUACCUGAACUUGCGAAACAGCAGCAAAAAAAAAAAAAAGAAGCAAAUGAAAUAAACUAGAAGGAUCUCUCUUUUUUCAGUUUGGUCUCCACUUUGUUUUUGUGUGCAGUUUUGUCAGAAAAUGGAAAUAAAUGCUGUGACCAACUCUAAAUCAUGGCAGCAGUC